CGCCCUGAACGUCGCACGUAGAGCAACAAAUGUCGAUGAAAUAAAUAAAAAAUACACCGGCAAAGGUGACAAGAAGAAGAAGAAGAAGACAUUGGAAAGGAAAGUACGGUUAAAAAAAAACCCAGAAGAGCUUGAACUACUUCGCUUUGCGCGCCUCCCGCCCUUCUUCCGCCUCCCCCGGACGUGCGCGUUCACGCGGAGUGACGCGCGCGCGCGUGUGUUUACAAGUGAGUUUUGAACGAGUGCCAGCAGCGAGGCAGCGAGGAGGCAUGGUGGACAACUCAGGCACUAGUAAGGCGCAAAUGCCCAGCAUGUCUCAGGAGGCCGGCGUAGCCUUUCCUCAGAGCUCCUCCACAGGGGGCAUGAAGCUGGAGGCGGUGAUGGAGCAACUCCAGCGCCAGCAGCAGGCGCGACUAGAAAUGGAGCGCAAGGAGAGGAAGCUGCGAGAGGCCCACAUCAUGUACGCCCAGCAGGUGGCCGCCCAGCAGGCCAUCCUGGCGGCCGCCCGGGCUUCCGGGGCCAACUUCAUGGGCAAGGGCCUGGCGGUGGGGGCGAUGCCCGGCGGUGGCGGCGGCGGCGGCGCGCUACCCCCCCGCGUGUCCAACCAGAGCAGCGUGGACUCUGAGAAGGAGGAGGACGACGACCGGGGUCGAGAUUCGGUCGACGAGGACGACGACAACGAGAUGAUGGACGGCGACGAGCGCAGCGACGAGGAGGAGGGCGGCGCCGGCGGCUUGGAGUUCCUCCGCAAGCAGACGCUGGCGCUGCAGCAGAGCGCCGCCCGCAUCCAGCAGACCCGCCCCUACGUCAGCUUUGCCGCGUCGGCGCCCCAGAGGCCGCCAUCCCCGCCUAUCCGAGUCAAGCAGGAGCCCGACGAGGGGCUGUCGCCCGCGGGGGCCCACCCUGCUACCUCCCCCAACGGCCAGGCGGACUGGAGCUUUGACGACCACUUCAGACAGAAUGGAAGUGCAAGCUGGGCGGACGAGGCCGACAGUAACAGAGGACGAGGAGAAGCCUCCAGAGACUUUGCCAAGCUGUACGAGCUGGACAACGACCCCAAACGGAAGGAGUUCUUGGACGACCUCUUCACCUUCAUGCAGAAAAGAGGCACCCCCGUCAACCGCAUCCCCAUCAUGGCCAAGCAGGUGCUGGACCUGUACAUGCUCUACAAGCUGGUGACGGAGAAGGGCGGCCUGGUGGAGGUGAUCAACAAGAAGAUCUGGAGAGAGAUCACAAAGGGACUCAACCUGCCGACCUCCAUCACCAGCGCGGCCUUCACCCUGCGCACGCAGUAUAUGAAGUAUCUGUACCCCUACGAGUGCGAGAGGAAGGGCCUCAGCUCCCCAGGCGAGCUCCAGGCGGCCAUUGACAGCAACCGGCGCGAGGGCCGGCGCCCCAGCUACAGCAGCAGCCUCUUCCGCUUCUCGCCCUCGCCCAGUACGGCGCCGCACAUCCUCUCGCCUCCCAAGAUGCACCUCUCCGCCCUGGCCGCCGGGACCUCGGGGGUCCUCAAUGGCCUGCACGCCUCGCCGGGAUCCUCCAUGAAGAAAGACGACCUGACCUCCUCCAUCAUGGCGGGCCGGCCCUCCAUGGCGUUGACUUUGGGCCAGCAUCAGGUGGCGGGCCUGGCGCGCGCCGCCACGCUGGAGCAGCUGCGGGAGAAGCUGGAGACCGGCGUGGGCGUCAUGGCGGGGGAGGGGCCGGAGAGGAAGAUGGCGCGCCUGGCCGAGGAGCAGCAGCGCCUCAUGCAGCAGGCCUUCCAGCACAACCUGCUGGCCAUGGCCUCGCAAAUGCCCAUGAACCUGCGCCUGGGGGCCCCCGCCGUGGCACACAGAGAUGAGAAGCAGCAGGACAUGUCUCUGAGCAUCUCCACCAACGGCAACGCCAGCAUCACCGUCUCAGUGGAGGUCAACGGCACCAUGUACUCAGGAACACUCUUCGCCCAGAAGGCCGGAGGGGUGCUGGGGGCCGCCGCCGCCGCCGCUUCGGCCCCCGCCGCCGGAUCCGGCUUUGCCUUCUCGGCGCCCCCGACUCAGACCCUCAGCCCGGCGUCCACCUCCUCCUCCUCCUCCUGCUCCAAGGGCCCCGGUCUGGCCGAGCUGGCCCCCAACGGGUCGCCCUAAUCGCGAGGGCCCGGCCCCUCUGUGCCCCUCCCCCACCUCCCUCCUCCCACCCACACACCCUCCCUCCUCCAGCGGGCGCAUGAAUAUUCAGUACAGUGAGAAAGAUUUCAAACUGUUGCACAACAAUUACCUCAUCAACCCUGUCGACUUCUUGGCUGUCCAAUGGUGAGGAGACAAGUUCACACACACACGUGCUGGGAACGCACGACUAUGCAUUACACACACACACACACACACACACACACACACACACACACACACGCUAAACACAAUCAGCGCAGCCAAAACCCACUGACAGGCGUCGUCACAACUGAACUUGAAAAUCUUUUUAGUAUAUUUUCUUUCGUUUGUUGCCAUUUUGUUGUCUUUGAUUUCGUGUUUCUAGAAUGUUCUCUCGACAUACCUCAAAUCAAGAAACCUGCAGUGGCGUCGUUUUUACCUCAGGACUACAAAAUAUUUAACCUCGAUCCUACAGCUUCUUUCUUCUUCCCUCGUCUGGAGAAGUUUCUCGCUGCAAUCAGAGUCAGGUGUGGGCACAAGGUGAAAUAGGAAAAAAAAAAAACCUCACGGUUCUUGCUGCCACCCCUCCACGCGGACCAGCCUGGUCCCCAACUGAACCACAGCACCUCUCUGCACGAGUGCUCCUUCCAAACUUUUAAAGCGUUCGGGGAUGUGCGGGCGUCCCUCUCAGGAAGCUUUAGCCCCGCCCCCCGUGGAAGAAUGAACUUAAAAGAAUACCUCAUGUGCGAAACACUACAUAUACCUCAUAGGGCGGGCAGGAUGGAAGCCCCGCCCCCCUUUGACCCCCUCUCGUCAACUGACAACAAAACGCACGCUUGUCUCUCUGUUGUACAAAAACACUUUUUUAACCCUUUGCGUUGCCUCGUUAAGACCUCCGACGCGCGCGUACAAUCGCCUGACUUCGCCCGCAAUGUUGCACAGCUAGAUACCAAAAAGUAAACACACGACUCGAAAGCAGUGGGCGGUACAUUUAGCACAAAAAGAUGCAAACUAUGCUAAUUGAGUGCCACAAAGCGGCCUAGGUGACAAAGAAAAGGAGUUUAAUAUUUAAAAAUGUGUCUCACUAGGACAGUGGAUAUAUACUUUUUGUUGUUGUUUUUUAAAGCAUAUUCUAUGGGGGUUAAUUUGUGUCUUUUUACAAAAGAUUUUUGUGGACACUGAAUUUAUGUAACUGAAUUUUUUGCGUUUGAUUUUUUUUCCAACUGAUUUAUUUUUUAUUUUAUUUUUUUACGUCAAAUUAUGCUGACAAUUCCAUUGAAUACAAAUUUGUGAGCAAACAGCGUGUUUAAAAAUGCACUUUGGUAAAAUACAGUGUUUUGAAAUUCACUGUGUAAAAAUUCAGCGUAAAAAAUUUAGUGUAAUAAAAACAAAAUCAGUUCAGAAAAAGGUAGUGUAGGCAAAAUUCAGUGCAGAAAUAUUCAGUGUAAGAACAAAUUCAGUGUAAAAAAAAAAUUCAGUGCAGAAAUAUUUAUUGCAUAAAAAUAUUCAGUGUAAUAAAAAAUGCAGUGUAAAAAAAAGUUCAGUGCAAAAAUAUUCAGUAUAAUAAAAAAUCAGUGCAGAAAAAAUAAUUGCAGGAAUAUUCAGCGUAAAAAAUUUAGUGUAAUAAAAAUUCAGUGUUACAAAAAAAAAUCAGUUCAGAAAAAGUUAGUGUAGGGAAAAUUCUGUGUGAAAAAUUCAGUGCAGAAAUAAUCAGUGUAAGAAAAAAAAUCUGUGUAAAAAAAAAUCAAUGCAGAAAAAUUUAUUGCAUAAAAAUAUUCAGUGUAAAAAAAAAUUCAGUGCGGAAAUAUUCAGUGUGAUAAAAAAAUCAGUGCAGAAAAAAUAAUUGCAGAAAUAUUCAGCAUAAAAAAUUUAGUGUAAUAAAAAUUGCUACAAAAAAAAAAUCCGUUCAGGAAAAGGUAGUGUAGGGAAAAUUGUGUGAAAAAUGCAGUGCAGAAAUAUUCAGUAUAAGAAAAAAAAUCAGUGCAGAAAAAUUUAUUGCAGAAAAAUAUUCAGUGUAAUAAAAAAUUCAGUGUAAAAAAAACAAAAUUCAGUGCA